AUGGCCAACAGCAGCUCUGUGAGCGAGUUCCUCCUGCUGGCAUUCUCAGACAAGCGGGAGCUGCAGCUCCUGCACUUCGGGCUCUUCCUGGGCAUCUACCUGGCUGCCUUCCUGGGCAACGGCCUCAUCCUCACCGCCGUAGCCUGCGACCACCGCCUCCACACCCCCAUGUACUUCUUCCUCCUCAACCUCGCCCUCCUUGACCUGGGCUGCAUCUCCAGCACUGUCCCCAAAGCCAUGGCCAAUGCCCUCUGGGACACCAGGGCCAUCUCCUAUCAAGGGUGUGCUGCACAGGUCUUCUUUUUAUUCAUCUCAGUUGGAGCAGAGUAUUCCUUUCUCACCAUCAUGGCCUACGACCGCUACGUUGCCAUCUGCAAGCCCCUGCACUACGGGAGCCUCCUGGGAACCAGAGCUUGUGCCAAGAUGGCAGCAGCUGCCUGGGGCAGUGGCUUUCUCCAUGCUCUCCUGCACACAGCCAAUACAUUUUCCCUGCCCCUUUGCCAAGGCAAUGCUGUGGACCAGUUCUUCUGUGAAAUCCCCCAGAUCCUCAAGCUCUCCUGCUCAGAUGCCUACCUCAGGGAAGUUGGGGCACUUGUGAUUAGUGUUUCUUUAGGAUUUGGUUGUUCUAUUUUCAUUGUUAUUUCUUAUAUUCAGAUCUUCAGAGCCGUGCUGAGGAUGCCCUCUGAGCAGGGCCGGCACAAAGCCUUUUCCACGUGCCUCCCUCACCUUGCCGUGGUCUCCCUGAUGGUAAGCACUGCCAUGUUUGCCUACCUGAAGCCCCCCUCCAUCUCUUCCACAUCGCUGGACCUGGUGGUGGCAGUUCUGUACUCAGUGGUGCCUCCAGCAGUGAACCCCCUCAUCUACAGCAUGAGGAACCAGGAGCUCAAGGAUGCAACGAGAAAACUGUUUCUAUAUGUGCUUCUUAAGCAUCAGUAUUGUUAA